UUCUUCUAGGUGAGACCAAUAUAUUCUGCUCCUAUUCUUACUAGUUAUAACAGUAUUAACCUAAGAUAAAUAAAUUAUAGAGUAUGGUGCUGGUGCUGAUGUUUCAACCCAUGGUGAUAUCUAUAGUUAUGGAAUUCUCUUGCUAGAGAUGUUUACAAGGAAGCAACCUACUCAUGAAAGGUUCAAAGACAAUUUUAAUCUUCACUGCUGGGCUGAGAUGACUUUGGAUGGAGUGAUGGCUAUCGUUGACCCCUCACUUCUCCCCAUGGAAGAAGAUGAAGAAGAAGCAGCUACAAUCGUAACCAACAUCACCAAAAGUAGAACAUGAAGGAUAAAGUGCAAGAGUGCCUUAAUUCAAUUAUUGGUAUUGGAGUUGCCUGCUCAGCUGAAUCACCAUGGGAUCGAAUGGACAUAAAUGAUGUGGUCAAAGAGCUACAUCUGAUCAAGGACAUUUAUCUUGGGAUUGGCACUCACUGAGGAAGAUGAGCUAUAACAAGGGCUAUGAACAUUGGUAUGUCAUCGUUUCCUACAACAAUUGAGUUUGUUGUACUUGUUGAUGAAGCUGAAACUUUUUUCUUUUGUUUGUGUUAAUUAUGUUUUUAAUCUUAGUAAUUUGGAUAAAGGUGCAUGGUAUGAAUUUUUUUAUUUUUAUUUUAUUUUAUUUUAUUUUGCGGGGAAUGGACUAUUCCUAACUUUUUUUGCUAGUUGAGAUUUAUGUAACAUUGUGGGCCUGAUUUUCAUUUUCACUAAUAAUAUCCUCACUAGCCUUCAAAAAAGUGGAAUGGCAAAGUUGAUUCAAAUAACCAGCUGCAACUAUAUGGGACGUUAGUGAGUUAUUAUAGUCUUUUUUAAGGUUUUUGUGUUGUUAGCAUUAUAUUCCUUGGCCCUUAAACUAAUGGCUAGGUAAGCAAUAAAAUGUUACAUCUUAUUUUUAACAUAAACACUAUACUAAACUAUCUAUAAGGCUCACAGUUAUUUCCAUCUCAAAUUAGUGUAGUUACUAGAGUGCAGUUUCUUCUUUCUUUUUCUUUGUUGUUUAAAGGGUGCGUCUGUUUGUAACCAAGCAUGUUAAAAACAUUUAUAACUGAACCAAAAGGCUAUCGCUGUUACUAGCAGAAAUGCCCCAGCACUCCAUUGUUUCCACAAUGAAAAAAAAUAUUGUAUGAUAAAAUUGAGGGAAAAAAAAUUAUUUCUGCCACUAUAAAAGAACAUAAACACAUAUGGAAAUGCAUAUUAGGAAAAGUAUACCUUUUGUUAUGUGGUAGUGGUGGCAGUUGAGGUGGAGGUGGAGGUGGAGGUGGUGCGAUAGAAAGUCUAGCUCAAGAGUCGAGUUUAUUAGGUUGGUUUUUUGUUAAAAAAAUUAGUGUUUUUAUCUUUUUUUUUUUUUUUUUCUUCCAAUAAACAACAUGAAAUAUGUUUGUCAAACGACCAACAAAUGUGUUAUUUUCAACUGGUUCAUUAAAAAAAAAGGGGGCCGGUACAUACAUAUCUUGUUCUAAAUUUAUUCCAAAAAAUACAAAAUUACCAAAACUGUUUUUUCGAAUGUUAGUAGUGCCUAUGUUCCAAAAGAAAUGUUUUUCAUUUUUGUUCUAAAAAAGUACUUUUGUAGGAAAGAAAUAGAAAAACAUUUGGUACUGCACAAUAACAGAAUUACUUCAAUCACUUCUGCAAAUUACUGUUAGACCAACUAUGCUACCCAUGAGGAAUUUAAGAAUGAUUUUUGAUUUGUCAAGGGUAAUAUUAUUAUGCCAAUCAUACAAGCCGCGUGGCAACUUUAUAGCAUUUAAUAAUUACAAAAUGUCAUUCUUCAUUAAUAUAAAUAUUUUUUUUUCAUACAUAUUAAACAAAUUAUGUUGUCCACAUGGGAUCUAAGUCUUAUUUUUGAAGUGCAUCCAGAAUUGAUGUUAAACCAACUAUUAGCAAUUCAUAAACAUUCAAUUUUUUUUUUUUUUUAAAUGUCAUCUUUAUUCUUUAACAGAAAAUUUUCAUGUAUUCAUUGGGAGAUCAACACUGUUGCUGACUCCUUAGCGAGGAAAGCAACAUACUCUUAGCUCCAAUUAUGCAGGAUAGGCCACCAAAUAGCUGCCAAGCAAAGGGACGAUGUUGGGGGACCAGAGUCAAUAAGGUUAGGUCCCGACGCCGCCGGUAUGAAUUUCAAUAUUUUCUUCCUUUUUCAAUGCUUGACUCUCAUUUCAACAAUGGAGGCUGAUUGGGCGGAGGCUUUGGAGGAAACCCUGCGUGACCAUUGACUCUGAAAAAGGCAAUGAGUCUUUUGUGUGGAAAGGAAGAUUUUAAAAGGAAAAAGCCCAUGGAAAAAUGGGAGAGGAAAGGAGGAGAAGCAUUGUCAGAUAGAAAUCCUUUUAACAGUGGGCAAAGUGAGUCUAGUUUGUGAAGUAAUACAUGAAGUUUAGAGGGAGAAGGGCAAUUCUCUCAUUUAAUUGAGAAAACAAAAAGGAAGAAGACAAAAAAAAAAAUCUUACUAACGGCUAAAAGUGAUGGAACUGUGCUAAUGGCUAAAAGUGAUGGGCUAUUUCACAGUUCAUCACCAAGUAGCAGGAUUGACUGUUGUGUAGUCACAGCAUAAGACAGAACAGUCAAAAUUGACUUUUAUGUCACAGUUUGGAUAUCAAUUGACUUCACUCGCCGGUGAUGACCAUCCUUUUGAGGACUUUUGCACUCAAAUGCCCAGAAAGUGGGUUUUUUUUUUUUUUUUUUUUUAUAAUAGUUUCAUGCCUAAAUUCCAAUUGAAGAGAAUAUAAAUUGCAAUUGAUGAGGCUAUUAUACUCAGUUCACAAACAUCUAACUCUUCCAGAGUUCUGCCUCCUACUACUAAUUCUCUAUCACCUCCAAAUUUUCAGUCCAUAUAGCCCAGCCUCAGAGUACAUUGAUGGGUUACCCCUUGGUGCUUUUGUCCAUUUGCACUAUUAAUGCCAUUCUUCUUCUUCUCUCGUGUAGCAGUUGCAUGAGCUUAGCAAAUGGAACAGAUCGGCUAGCCUUACUGUCCUUCAAGGCUCGCAUAACCAAUGAUCCCUUUCAUGUUGUGAGCUCCUGGAAUGACUCUGUCCCCCAUUGUGAGUGGCCAGGCGUUAUAUGUGGCGGUCGCAAGCAUCCAAACAGGGUCAGAGCCUUGCAUUUAAAGUCCAGUGGAUUGGUAGGGUCAUUGGCUCCAGAAAUAGGAAAUCUCAGUUUCAUUCAAGUGAUUUUGCUUCAAAACAACAGCUUCCAUGGCGAAAUCCCUCGUGAAGUAAGCUUUCUGUUCAGGCUUCGUUAUUUAUACCUAUUCAACAAUUCCUUUGAAGGGGAAAUCCCACCCAACAUAACACAUUGCUCCAACCUUAUAGAACUUGGUUUAAGUUCCAACAAUAUUGUGGGGAAAAUUCCAGUAGAACUUGGUACCUUGUCAAAGCUUCAACUCCUUGCAUUCCAUAAAAACAGAUUGACAGGACAGAUCCCACCUUCCUUUGGGAAUCUUUCAUCCCUUUUCUCUAUUUCUGCAGCAAUCAAUGAUUUAAGUGGAAGUAUUCCAGAUGCCCUUGGUCGAAUGACAAGAUUAAUGUUUCUCGGCCUUGCUGAUAAUAAGUUGUCUGGUACUAUCCCUCCCACUAUAUAUAAUCUUUCCUUACUCGGUUGUUUUGAUGUCGGAUAUAAUCAACUUCAAGGGAGUCUUCCACCAAAUUUAGGCUUCACUCUUCCUAAUCUAUGGUGGCUUUCAGUUCAUAGAAACCAGUUUCAUGGAACAAUUCCAAUUUCUGUGUCCAAUUUGUCAAAAAUUGAUACAUUUUCAACUGGAGAAAACAAUCUUAGUGGGAAAGUGGCCAUUAAUUUUGGAGGUCUAUCAAAACUCAGUCGGCUUUCAUUGAGCCAUAAUCAUUUGGGAAGUGGAGAGGCAGAUGAUUUGAACUUUGUCAAUACAUUGACCAACUGUAGUAAUUUAACAUUUUUGGGCUUUGGAGAUAAUCGGUUUGGUGGAGUGCUCCCCUACUCUGUAGCAAACUUAUCGACCCAACUGACAACACUCUAUCUGUCAAAUAAUCAAUUAUUUGGAGACAUCCCAGUGGGGAUCGGGAACCUUGUAAGGUUACAACGCAUGGGUCUAUCUGGUAACUUACUAGAAGGAAGUAUCCCGACUUCGAUUGGGAGACUUGGAAUGCUAGACACGCUCCAUUUAUAUGAGAACAGAUUCACAGGGCCAAUCCCUUCUUCUCUAGGAAACUUGACACUAUUGACUAAGCUCCUUCUAGGAGAGAAUCACCUGCAAGGAACAAUACCUUCAAGUCUUAGAAAAUGCAAAUAUUUGUUACACUUGGGCCUUUCUGGUAAUAGUUUCAAUGGUAUCAUCCCCAAAGAGAUAUUUGACCUUUCCACAUUAAUAGAGCUAAACUUGAGUAGAAAUUCUUUCGUAGGUUCCUUACCUUUGGAAGUGGGUCUAUUGAAAAAUCUUGGAAUACUAGACGUUUCUAAGAACAUGUUGUCUGGAGAAAUCCCUAGCACCCUUGGUGCUUGUACAAGCCUAGAGCACCUUUUCAUGGAGGAGAAUUUAUUUCAAGGAUCUAUAUCAUUGUCUUUGAGUUCUCUAAGAGGUCUUCAAGAUUUAGAUCUUUCACACAACAAUUUCUCUGGUUUUAUCCCAAAAUAUUUUAGCACAUUUAAGUUUUUCCAGAACUUAAAUUUGUCAUUUAAUCAUUUGGAGGGUCAUGUACCAACAAAUGGAGUCUUCAGAAAUUUGAGUGCAGUUUCAGUCAUUGGAAACAAUAAUCUUUGUGGGGGUAUACCAGAACUUCAUUUGCCAACAUGCCAAAUUAAAAAGUCAAAAGAAGAUGGCAGGCCUCACAUUUUCAAGUUGAUAGUCAUCAUAUGUGGUUGUGGGGGCUCUCUAUGUUUGAUUUUUGUGACCAUUUUUUUCAUUAUCUACCGGAGAAGAAAGGGAAAAAAAGAACCCACUUUACUUCUUAUAGAGGAUCGCCAUUUUAAGAUCACUUAUGGCCAACUCCUUAAAGCUACCGACGGAUUUUCUUCUAGAAAUUUGAUUGGAGUGGGGAGUUUUGGCUCUGUAUAUAAAGGAGUUCUCAAUCAUAGGGAAACUAUUGUUGCAGUAAAGGUCUUCAAUAUUCGACAAAGAGGUGCUUCCAAAAGUUUUAUGGUUGAAUGUGAAUCCCUUAGAAACAUCCAACAUCGUAAUCUUGUAAGAAUCUUAACAUCUUGCUCAAGUAUAGAUUUUGAAGGCAAUGAUUUUAAGGCUUUAGUAUAUGAGUUCAUGCCUGGUGGGAAUUUGGAGAGGUGGUUACAUUCACAUGCAAAUGACAUACCAAAUGAACAAAGGCAUUUAAAUCUUGUUCAAAGAUUGAAUAUUGCCAUUGAUAUGGCAACUGCAUUGGAUUAUCUUCACCACCAAUGUCAUAUGCAAAUUAUUCAUUGUGAUCUAAAGCCAAGCAAUAUUCUUCUCGAUUGUGAUUUGACUGCACAUUUGGGUGAUUUCGGGAUAUCAAGAAUUCUUUCAGUAUCCACAAAUAGAUCUAAAAAUCACACAAGCUCAAUCGGAAUAAAGGGAUCCCUUGGAUAUAUUGCACCAGGUGAGUACCUCUUUCAUUGAUCUAGUAAUUUUUUCCACUUUUUUUGACAGUUGUGACUGAGCUUACCUUAGUAUUAUGAUUUUGAUAUUUGUCUUCGCUAUUCCACUGCAAACCUUAAGGCUUAAUUCAUAUUUCAAUGUCAUA